CUUUAUCGAGACAGAGUCAUGCUGCUUAUCAAGACAGGAAAUCGAUGGAAUUGUGGACUCAUGUAAUUUUGAAGUUCUGGAUUGAACAAGCAAAUGGGGUAUGUAGAGCUUCACUACACUUUGUAGUUUAAUGCAAACAACAAAAACCUAUGAUGUUAUUUAUUUUAUUAAAGUGGUCUUUCACCACUAUCAUAUAUUAUUAUUAUUAUUAUUAUUUUAUUAUUUAUAUAGCGCCAACAAAUUCCGUAGCGCUGCAAGAUGUUUCCUAAGUUUGCAGUUAUCUCCAUUUAAAUGGAAUUUCUCUUGGUUAAAAACUUGACACCAUAUAGUCUCUUAAUCUUAAAUCCAAGUUGUUAAUGAUAUAAUGUAUUGAUAUGGCCUUGCGUUUAGAACCCUGAGACAUGAUGGGGAUUAUAUAGUAUGUUACAUAUGAACUGACUUUUAGGAUCACACUUAUCGAUGUAUUUACUAAGUACUGAGUGUUGAGUGAGCAAGUCUAGUUGCAAAAUAUUGGCUUCAAUAGAGAUGUUAGAAAUGUUAUUUUCAAGCACUAUUUUUCUAAACGUCUGCAGCUAAAUUAUCCAGUCACCCAAAUUCACAUUAUUAUUCAAUAAAUAAUAUAACUGUAGAUCAAACUGAGCUAAUAUUUAAUCAACAGUGUGUGCCAAUCUGUAAAGAAGGUAUUUCAAGAACAGUGGCAGAUUUAGUGUCAGUAUUAUUCACUAUACCAGAAACUGUGAAUGAAAGUAAUCUCAAUGUCACCCAGCUAGAUCACAAAUGUUUAAUUCCUUUGUCAUUUUUUCCAUAGUUUUUAGAUUAGUAAAUAACUCAUUAGAUCCAUCCAGAGGCCAUCGAGAUACAUUGAAAAAAUGCAUUGAUAAAGACUUUUAACCAAUGAUGUUCCAGAUAUAACAGGGUUAUAUGUUAUUGAGUCUUUUGUUCUGCUUGCCUAAACAACUUGGUGAGCAUAAUUACACCAUGUACACAGGCUAAGGCAUGUGCAGCCAUUACAUUAGGGUGUGCACCCAGAAAAAAACUGUAUUUGUUUACAUUUUCUAAUAAUGGUUAAAUUAUAGGAAUCUUAAUAAGGUAUCCCAAUGAUAUUUUAUAUAAAAAAUUAUAUCAAAGAGUAACCAACUACAGUAUUAUUAUCAACCAAAAUAACCAAAAGGUCCAUUCCAACAUUCUACAAAUGACUAACCUCUUUCUGUGUAGAUAGAAUGUCAAGGCAACUUAACAAACAAGAUGAACAGCACACACAUGAUACAUAUAUAAAAUAAGUAUGCUAAUACCCUCAUGAUGAUCAAAGGACUAAGAGGUAAAUACAGACAAUAAUAUAAUAGAAUAGUACAGAAUAAGUUGCAUGUUGUUUAGAAACCAUUUUACUAUAUAUCUUUGGGCAAGUAUGUCUACUAAAAAAGCUGGGGGUUGGGUAUAAGCAUUGACUUAACUGGUGAAAACAUGUUUCCAACUCUCCAUGAGUCACACUCGACGCAUAGUGCUAAAAUGAGUCAACCACUUAAGUUACAAAUUGAUGAAUUGCAUUGCUAAUCCUUGUUUACUAAGUUUUUUAAAAACAGUAACAAUACAUACAAGGAAGAAAAAAAUCACACCCAAACAAAAAUGUUCACAUCCCAUCCCUCACCCCUUUGGGAAUCAUUACAUUGACUUUCUGUACCCUUCAGGAUCCAAUUCAAAAUGUUAACACUAACAUACAAAGCCUUCUUAACUAGACAAAUACAACCUUCUCUGCAAAUGACCAUCUCCUGACAUCUGUUCGUUCCUUCACUGCCAACUCUCAUCUACAGAACUAGGGGGCUGGACUUCUCCUUUGAUUACUACCUGUCUCUUUAAGUACACCUGUGGCAUCUUGCAAGUAGGCUGCUCGUUAUCCAGCUAUAUAACACUGCCUCUCCCUGAGACUUGGGUCAGUUUAUUGUAUCCUGUAGCUUAAGACUGACUUGGCUUGUGAACCCUUCUUCUGGAUCUUCGUUAUUGCCUGUUCGAUGCCUACCCUGACCUUUGGAACCUUGCCUGACUACUCUCCUGGAUUUGCCCUUGUCUAUUUCUUUGUACCCGGUUAUUGUUCCUGCCAAGCCCCCGUGCACAGAUUCACAGCCCAGGUAGUUUCUUACCUGGUUACCAUGGGUUGUGUUUAUCUGCAAGGGUGAGCAAAUAUUUCUGCACUUCGGAUUUCAACUAAGGUUUAUCAUUUGGAACAGCUUAUCAUCUUCCUUGAUGACACAUCUCUCAUUACAAUUGCCCUCCAUAGACCAGCUCUCUCUCUCUCUGUUUCAUCUGUUCACUUGUUGCACACAUCACUUUUACUGGCUUCUUUCAACACCGGCAUCUUAUCCAUAAGUCCCAACUCCACUCUGACAUGCUGUUAUUUUGCUUGUGUGAUGGAUGGUGGUGGAUCUUCAGCGAGGCAAACAAGACAUUUGCUUUGGCCAGCACCUGCCAAAAAACAGGACAUGGCAAGCUUUCAUCCUCAGUCUAAUUACCUUUAUUUCUAUUCCCAUGUGGAGCUUAAAUAGGGAAAUGAAUUAGUCUGAGAGAAACUGUAGCAGGAUGAGGAGUCUCUCAUAAAAGGCAGCAGCCACCAUGUUAACCAGAUCCCUAGUUAGGGAAUCCUCCCAACUACACUCCCAACAUCAGCUAGAUCUGGCAGAUCAUGUAGCAUCUCUCUAUGGCAGCCUCUUUUCCUGGGUGUUACUUUGCAUUUAAGGUAUAACUUGGCUACACACAGACAAUAUGGCUCUCCAGGUCAUUGGCAAGAUAUACAGCAGAGAAAUACAAAGAAAAUGGGAUACAGCUGUAUCCCAUUUUCUUUAUAUUUCUCUGCUGUAUAUCGUUAGAGGUCGUUUGCGGGUUAACGACCAGGGGAGGCUGUUUCUUAUUUUCAAAAUAAGUAUAUUUUAUACUUGCUCUACACAUCAGUCACACGUUGGUGUUUGUAUAUUUUCAUUGGCAAGAUAUACCAGGUUUAUGUAUUUAUAGCUGAUUUCCAUGCUAUACCAAGUUAAUACAUUUAUAGCUGAUUGCUAUGACAUACCAAGUUUAUGCAUUUAAAGCACAAUGUCAUGAUAUCCCAGAUGGCACAGCAAACUGUAGGCAAAGAUGACACAUGCAAAUUGUGGACAAAGAUGGCACUGGCAAACUGUCUGGGUGUAAAUAUGGCACUGAUACACAUUUUUUGGACAAAACUGGCACUGUGAAGUUGUGUGGGGAUAAAGCAGGCCCUGUAAAGUUGUUUUUGGACAAAGAUUGUACUGUAAAGUUGUUUGAAGGCAAAGAUAGCUUUUAUAAGCUGUUUAAUGACCGACAUUUACAGGUGGACCUACAAGAGGAAAACAUAGAGCUUUAAACGGAGGAGGUGGAGGGUUUACAGAUGAAGGGGUUGGAUUCCAACAGAAAGAUAUGUGGUCUUGACUGAAGGAGUGGGAUGCAUUUAGAUUGGGAGGGGGGGAGUGUAAGUUUAGUCAUGCAUUGGGCAGCACAAAUCCUAAAUAUACCACUGCUUGUGUGACUUAAUCCGGCUUAAAAAAAUUCAUUAUUUAUAUAGCUCUAGCAAAUUCCAUAGCGCUGUACAAUGUGUGGACUCACAGACACGUAAUUGUAACCAGACAAGUUGGACUCACAGAAACAGAGGGGUUGAGGGCCCUGCUCAAUGAGCUUACAUGCUAGAGGGAGUGGGGCAGGGCCGUCUAUAAUAUUAAUAGGACCCUUGGCAAAGCAUUUUUAUGGUCCUCCUGGGCCCUACAUCCCCCCUCCCGCUCCCUGGCAAGACACAUACGCUGGCAAACAUACUGACACACUGACAAACAUACUGACACACACACACACACACAUACACUGACAUACUGACACACACAUACACUGACAGACAUACUGACACACACACAUACUAACAGACAUACUGACAGACACACACUGACAGACAUACAGGCAAACACACAGACAGACAGACUGACAAAGACACAGAGAUAUACUGAUACACACACUGACAUAUUCACACACACUUUUAAGUCCACCUCCCGCUUCCUACCUUAAAGGGUGGCUUCCCUGGUGACCAGUGGUGGCUGAGGCUGUUGGGGGUUGCUGUUGGCAAUAUCAGCCCAGCCCCCCUCCUCUCUGCCUCCCUGGUGUCUCCCGCGUUGUUCUCUUUGGGAGGAAAUGACUCAUGGUAGUCACAUCCUCCCAUGCUGCCAAAAAGCAAGGGGGCCCGCUCGUGCUAUUAAAGGAUCAGAGCGUGACUGGGGCCCUGCUUACAAACACCCAACGGGUGGCCCAUAGUGCAUGGGCCACCCGGUGGGCCUCCUUAGUGUGCAGGGAGGGGUAUAAGUAGUUGAGGGCAGCAGCGCCCACGGGGCAGCUGCCUUGGGCCCCCAGGUGUAACUGGGUCCCCAGGUGUAACUGGGCCCGGCGAAAUUGCCCCAUUUGCCCCACGUUAAAGACGGCGCUGGAGUGGGGUAUAGUGACACAAAGGGUAAAGGUAGGGUUAGAAAAGGGUAAAGAUAGGUUGUUUGGAUAGUAUUCACUGAGGGCUUAGUAGGGUAUUUUUGAUAGUUGCACAAGAGGAAUCAGAGUGUCGAGAGAAAAAGCUGUUGACAGUUACAGUGAUAUGCUUUCCUGAAGAAGUGAGUUUUUAACCCCUUAAGGACUGGACUGUUUUUGCGAUGUUGUACAUUUGCGACCAGGCAUAUUUUUACACUUUUGUGGUGUUUGUGUUUGGCUGUAAUUUUCCGCUUUCUCAUUUACUGUUCCCAUACAAAUUAUAUAUUGUUUUUUCAGGACAAAAGGGGCUUUCUUUACAUACCAUUAUUUAUAUAAUCUCAUGUAUUUUAAUUUAAAAAAAAUAAAAAAUAUGAUGAAAAAUUGAAAAAAAUACAUGUUUUUUGACUUUUACUUAAAAAAUCUUUUACUCAUCUACAAAAGCGAAUGAAAAAAACUGCUAAAUAGAUUCAAAAUUUUGUCCUGAGUUUAAAAAUACCUAGUGUUUACGUGCUUUUUUUGCAUGUUAUAGGGCUAUAGGUACAAGUAGGAUAUUGCGGUUUCAAAACAUACAUUUUUAAAAUUUAUCAAUAGUGACAUUGUAACACUAUUAUCUGUCAUAAAUCUCUGAAUAACACCCCACAUGUAGACAACCCAGGGUAUUCAAUAUGGGGUAUGUCCAGUCUUUUUUAGUAGCUACUUAGUCGAAAACACUGGCCAAAGUAAGCAUUCAUAUUUGUUUGUGUGUGAAAAAAGUAAAAAAACUAAAUUGAACGCUAAUUUUGGCCAGUGUUUGUGACCAAGUGGUUACUAAAAAAGACUAGACAUACCCCAUUUGCAAUACCUUGGGUUGUCUUCUUUUGCAAAUGGUAUGCCAUCAUGGGGGUAAUUCUCAUUCCUGGGCUACCAUACGCUCUCAAAGGCAACGUGACCAACCUGGCCAUUUUCAAUGUAAAAUAUUUGACCCAUAUAUUUGACCUUGUAACUUUCAAAAAUGCUAUAAAACCUGUACAUGGGGGGUACUGUUUUACUCAGGAGACUUUGCUGAACACAAAUAUUAGUGUUUAAAAACUGGAAAACGUAUCACAACAAUUAUAUCAUCAGUAAAAGUGCUGCUUGUGUGUGAAAAAUGCAAAAAAAGUCACUUUCACUGACAAUAUCAUCGCUGUGAUAUGUUUUACUGUUUUGAAUCACUAAUAUUUGUGUUCAGCGAAGUCUCCCGAGUAAAACAGUACCCCCCAUGUACAGGUUUUAGGGUGUCGUAGAACGUUACAGGGUAAAAUACAGUGCUAACAAAUUAAAUUCUCUGGAAUUUCGGCCUGGGUUGGCAGGCAGGUCCCUCAAAUUGCAAUCAAUAAAAUUACUGAAUUAUGUAAAAAUAUUACAUAAAUACGCACGUAGAAUUUAAAUAUAUGCAUAUUUAUAUAUUUGAAGUCUACGUGUAUAUUUAUAUAAUUAUUUAUGUAAUUUUGUAUAUGGACAUAUGUAUAUUUUGUAUUAUUUUUAUUUAUUUAUAUAUACAUAGAUAUAUAUACAAAUUCAUUCUAAGUGUAUUUUGAUAUAUAUAUAUAUAUAUAUAUAUAUAUAUAUAUAUAUAUAUAUUAAAAUACAGUUAGAAUAACAUUUCAUAUAGAUAUAUAAUUUUUUCAAUUUUUAUUAUUAUUUUUAAAAAAAUAAUUUAAUUUAAAUUACUUAUUUAUAUUUUAUAAUAAUAUAUAUACAAUAUAUAUAGUUAUUAUAUAUUAUAUAUACGUGUGUAAUUUAAUUAUAAGUGUAUUUUUAUAUUAAUAUAAGUACAUAUUAAUAUAAAAAUACACUUAGUUUGACAUUAUAUAUAUGAUAUUUAGACAUAUAUUAUAUAGAUAUAAUAUAUGUCUAUAUAUCUCAUAUAUAUAUAUAUAUACACACAUAUAUAAUUUUUUUUUAAAUUAACAUUAACUUUAUUUUUUUUAAUGAUUUUACACAUACAGGGAGACUGCCUAUCAGCACAGACAGUCCCCCUGCAGGCAGACACAUGGACACCUAUUGUUUAACACAGCGAUCACAUGGCCCCAGGGGUCCUAAUCCAGUGUGGGGAGACUGUCUGGGCUGUAGGCAGUCUCCCCACAAGGGGAGCAACGCUGAUCGGGUUAAUGUUGUUUUUUUUUUUGUUUUUUUUUAAGGAAUAGAGACUGGGUGAACGUCUAACCGAGAAUGGUGCAACUAUCAAAAAUAGUGAUUGCUAUGUUAUACCACAUUAAUACAUGUCAAGCUAUUUAUGAACAAAGAUGGCACUGGCAAGCUGUUUGGGUAAAUAUGUCACUGAUAUAUUGUUUGUGAACCAAAAUUGUUAUUAUGUUAAAUGACACUGAUAAGUAAGUUGGAGACAAAUCUGACACUGUAAAGUUGUUUUGGGACUAAGAUGGUAAUGAAAAGCUGUUUGUUAAAGGAUCACUAUAGUGUCAGGAAAACAGAUUUGUUGCAAUCACAAGGCCCCCCCCCCACCCUCAGGGUACCCCUCCCGCUGGGCUGAAGGGGUUAAAACCUUACCUUUAUCCAGCACCAGGCUCCCUCCGCACUGGUGACAUCAGCUCCCGAGUUGCGCAGCAAUGCUUUCCUAUGGACGUUCUGCACGCUGGAUUUGAUUUUAGCAUCCAGCGGCGCAGAAGCGCCUCUAGCGGCUGUCAGGAAGACAGGAUUAACCCUGCAAUGUAAACAUAGCAGUUUUUCUGAAACUGCUAUGUUUACAUCUGAAGGGUUAAAACCCUGGGGACCUGGCACCCGACCACUUCAUUGAGCUGAAGUGGUCUGGGUGACUAUAGUGUCCCUUUAAUAGAAAAUUAAAGAGAUUAAAGAACCGUACUAUAUUCCAGGUAACCGAAUACAACCCUUAAUGUUUUAAAUAUGUUAAUGUUUCUUCAUUAUUUUGUUAACAAUUUUAUUCAACACAACUUGACAUGAUCUAUUUUAGUUCCUUAAUAGAAACUAAAAGUUACAUUCUUACAUUUGAGGGUGUAUGCAUUUUAAUUGCUAUAGAUUGUUUCUGUUUCAUGCAUAAACAAUUACCCUUUUUUUUAUUUUAUUUUUUUUAUAUAAUAACAUACAUUUUAUAGGCAAAUGACUAGAUCCAUACGCUAGCCAGGUGAUCAGCAAUAACUUUGAUGGACUUAAUCUAUAUAAUCUGUGCAUUAGAGAUAUUAGAAACAGUCUGAAGGAGAAGGUUCAUAAUCAUUUGUCAGUCUUAGUUUCACAAGCUGAACGUAAGUGAUACUAUGCUGUCUUGUAUGUGACCUUUCUGUUAACACUGAAAUGAUCUCAUACACUUGUAGUUCUCAUGGUCUGUUCUUGGUCUUUCCUUAAGUUGCGUAAACUUUUUGGCAGUGUCUGCCUUUUGGCAUGGAUUCAAUCAUAAGGGGUUCUAAUGUACAAUGUUUUGCUUUGAGUUAUGAGAUAAGCCUGCUAAAUGAAGUAUAGUGUAAUUUAUGCAUACAUUAAAUGAGCAGUCACAAAGAGCUUACAAACCAUGUAAAAUAGGUCAGAAAAUAUGGUUUCGAUACAGAAGGAUUCUGACUGAGAUAAUGAAGUUAGGUAAUGUUGAAACUUUACUUUCAAGAUUCCAUCCUUUGCUAGCAUUAAAAGUAGAAUUCUGUUACCAGUGUAAAUGCAUAAUGUUCUACGUUCAGAUCUUUUUUAUUCCAUUAAAAUACAAGAGAUGAGCCUUGUAUUUAUAGUAUUUUUAAAAGAAUUUGGUCAGCCUGUAACAUUUCAUAGGCUCUUUUUACCAAAGAAAGAAUUGUGAUGGGCUGAGAAUGAAUUUGAGACUAAACCGGAGACUAAAAUUAAAAAAAUAUAUAGACAAAGGUUCUCUUUUUUCCGUACCUAGGCUUUGGUACUAACUUAUGCAUAUAUGAAGGCAGCAGCAUGGACUUUUUGAUUCCCAUUCUCCUUACCUGUAUUUAGGUUAUUUCUAUAGGGAAUUGUUCUCUCUAGGUUAUGCCAGCUCUGUCCUGUAACUAAUUGUUUGGUGGAUACCAUCUACCUCCCUAUCUUUUCCUGUACCUUUACCUCUACUCUCACCUUUUUCGGCCAGACCCCAGAGACGUUACACGUGUGGUCUCAGUAAUUAUGAUCUAUUUAUUAAUUAAGGUAAAAAAAUUUCUCCCUUAGAUUGUAUAUUCUGAGCUCUCAAUCCCACUACCCACAGUCGGAUCUCAGCGGAUGAGUAGUUGGUAUUCUGUUCUUUUGUUUUACUUUUCAGAUACACCCAAAAAAAUAAAGGAUUACUUUGUGGUGGACUGGUGGCUUAUUUCAGUCUGGGUGCACAUUUAUGCAAAAGUCAGCAGGUCGCCUACAUGUUAUUCUACAUCUAAGAUAAAAUACACACAAGUAGCAUAAAUGAACAAAACAAAACAUCAGAAAAGUAUUUCAAUUAAUUAAUUAAUACUGCCACAGGCAUCAGUGGAAUUAUCGAUCUUGACGUAGUCAUCUUCUCUCCUCUAUUGCACGCAAUAGAAUAAAAAGCAGAUAUCUAAUAAAGGUCCUGGGAGACAGCUGACAUCAUCCGGAUCAUCCCUCUCAUGUGCAUUUAAUCACCUGCAUAUGCAAACUAUAUUUAUAUGCUAAAGACAAAUAUAGAUACAGUGUUCCUUUAGCUGACAAAUUCAGCAAAAAGGAUACACCAAGAUGGAUUACAGGGGUACUAAAAAGGGCCUAACCCUUAUAACAAUAAUUAAACAAAAAGAAGGUGAGGAGUAAGGAUCCCUUAAACAUGGGAGACAGAACAACUCACAGCUAGUACCCCUUGUGGAGCAAUAAACAGUGCACUUAACUCCUGUGUAUUAAACAGAUUAAACAAAAAAUAAUAAAGUUUUAAUGUAGAAUAAUAAAAGUCUGUAAUACACUCAACUGUUACAAAUGGAUGACCUGGAGAGUCACUCUGGGCUGCACAUAACUAUAUACUGUGCCUACUACGUUGCCACAAAAGUAGCAACAGUGUAAAAGUAGCAAAAAAGCUACUCGUAAUAGGCACCAGUGCAAUAAUGUGCAUAGAUAAUUGUGCUAGCAAAACAGGUGACACUUACGGUCCUAGCUAGAUAUCUAAUAAAGGUCCUGGGAGACAGCUGACAUCAUCCGGAUCAUCCCUCUCAUGUGCAUUUAAUCACCUGCAUAUGCAAACUAUAUUUAUAUGCUCUUCAAUUGCGUAUUACAAGAGAAAAUGUUAGUAUCAGUCAUUGAUGGCUGUCAUAUUUGGGAGGCCUUAUGAACUGGAAAGAUUUGCAAAGUCUUAAGACAAAAUGGUUACUAGAUAAAACAAAUAGUCCCUUAAUUUGCAUCUAGAACAACUACCAAAUAAAACAAGAAUUUACUACUAGAUACUAGACACCUUAGGAUUUAGAGUUGGAACAAAACUACUCUCCCAGUAACCACCAGUGCCAAUAUAUAGUUACCUUUUCUUUAAGACUAACAAUAUAAUUACAGAGACAUUUGUUUUUGGGAUUGAUCCAAAAGAAGACAAAAAGACAGUUUAAGUGCUUUCCAAUUUUGCUCAAAAAAGAAUUGUUCUCGACUCCAGAAUGGCAGUCAUUCUUGGAUUAAGAAGCAAUGAGCCAAUACCUUUAUUGCAAUUGAACAUCUUCUGGAUGACCAGGUAAUUACAUAUCAAGCAGCUUCAGGCCAAGGCCACUUUGGUACUUGUUCUGAUCACCUUAAAGGCAAUGGCACAAGAAGACAUGUAUACAAUCCCCAACAUCAGUCAAAUGUUGCAUUUAUUGUUGGAUCUAUUUACAAAGGUCACUCUGACAGCAAAAUCCAAACAUUGUUCACACUAUUUAGCAGAUGUCUGGGUUUUACACUAGUAGCUCCAAUGAGCCAUAGUUGUCCUCACAUAAAGAACCUCAAUUUGCUGAAAGGCAUAUGCAUCAUAAAUUGGCACGCUUAUAAAUUGCAGUUAAAAUGAACAUAUCCUAUUUGCAACGGGCACUUUUCUAUAAAUAAAUUGCAACAAUGAUUGCCUGGCUGUCAAGAUAACCUGGGAGAAUAUCUUUGCUUCGGUAAACUCCACAGAACAACAAUGGUCUGCUAAUAUCUGGACUCCCUGACUUACCUCUAACUGGAAAUGUUCCUGGUAUAGACUGUAUAGAGUGUUUGACUGGUAUAGAGUGUUUGUGCUGGGUAAAAGCAGAAGGACCCGCAAAGGUCGCAUACAGCCCCUGCAACGUAUCUCCAGCUAAACCUCCAAUGGGGGGAUGCAUGCUGUUCUUUGGGGAUGGAGACCAAAUCAUUUUCCUUUUUUUUCUGUUGAAAGGGUAAUUUUCUAUGUUCAUAUAUUUUUUUUCUGAUAGUUCAGAUUUUAAAAUUUCAACAGGGCUGACAACAGCUCUCCAGGCAGACCUGAUCACAAAUGAAAAAUAGGUCCAUACUAAUGGAUGCAAAUCACAUAUGAACCUAUUAUGGAGGCACUAGGUGAGGAUCUCCACCAAUCCAAGUUCUGUAAAUAGAAGUUUUGUGCAUACGAUGGUACUAUUAAAGUUGCAUCAGAUCACAUGGUUCAUCCCCAUGCUGAUAUCACAUACAUAAAGUGUGCACAUGCAUGCUGCAGUCUAGUCAAUGGCAAGGUAAAGUAUGAUUACUGGUUACUACGGGAGGGGAGCAGAAAAUUUAACUGUGAAUGAAAACAGAGCAAAAGACAUAGGUGUGAAGGAAUUGUGAAGGAAGUCAAGUGCAAGGGGCAUGAGCGUAGAAGGCAGGUGAUUUUGAGAUGUAGAGGAGUGUGUAAGUUACCUAUGGAUGGAAAGGAGUUUGCAAGUUACAUAUGAAUUGGGACUAGUGUGCAAACAACAUGGAGGAAGAAAGAAGUGUGCAAAAUACAUGGGGAAUGAGUUGAUUGAGUGCAUCAGCAACACGGAGAAGAGUGUGAAAUUUACAUGGGGAGAAGUGUUGGUAGAGUGGGUUAUACUGAGUGGGCAAGUGACACAAGAAGAGAGAGAAGGUGAUAGGAGGAUGGAAGAAGAUAAGCAGGCAACUAUAGAAGGAAUAUGGUGCAAAUAAUAAGAGGAUUGAAGCUUACAUGGGAGAGUGGACUAUGAGAAUUGUUUAGUUAUGAAUUGCAAUUCAUCUUAAUUUGGGUCAUUUGGGAAAUGGUCAAAAUUCCAUAUUUCCGGGGCACCAAGAAAUGACUUGGACGAACAUAUUAAUUUGAUUUAGCGUUCUACCCAUGUCGCCAAAAAAAAAGGAGAUGAUUGAUUGGAGAAAACUGAUUGAUGGCUAGGGGACAGUCCCUAAAUGUUGAUUUUGUUAACAGAUCAAGUGAGAAGUGAGCAAUCGAGGGAAAAAAAGAAGCAGUAAAAUAGAUUUAUAGUUGUACACUGAACAAAAUUAUAAACACAAUACUUUUGUUUUUGGCCCCAUUUUUCAUGAGCUAAACUCAAAUAUUUAAGACUUUUUCUAUGUACACAAAAGGCCUAUUUCUCUAAAAUAUUGUUAACAAAUCCUGACUAAUUCUGUGUUAGUGAGCACUUCUCCUUUGCGGAGAUAAUCAUCCACUUCACAUGUGUUGCAUAUCAAGAUGCUGAUUAGACAGCAUGAUUAUUGCACAGGUUUGCCUUAGGCUGGCCACAAUAAAAAACACAAAUAUAAAGAUAAAUACCUGCGCUCUGGCCCUAUAAAGGGUUAAAUGUGAAAGGGUUUAUAAAAUACCCCUUCCUGUCUCACUGGAGAUUCUUGGCUGAUAUCAGCAUAUCUAAUGGCUAGUGUAGGAACUCACCUAUUGAGGCUUGCUUUGACGUGGCAGGUGAGCUUAUAUAUUCAAAUGGCCAUUGGAAUAAAACUAAAGAGCCUCCAUUUUGUUUAAAUGUACAUGGGGAUUUAGGCCAGAGUGCAGGUAACGUUCUCUUUGUUUUGGCCACAAUAAAAGGCCACUCUAAAAUGUACAGUUUUACUGUAUUGGGAGAGUCUGGGGGGGUCCGAAAACCAAUCAGUAUCUGGUGUGACCACCAUUUGCCUCACGCAGUGUAACACAUCUCCUUCGCAUAGAGUUGAUCAGGUUGUUGAUUGUGGCCUGUGGAAUGUUGGUCCACUCCUCUUCAAUGGCUGUGCAAAGUUGCUGGAUAUUGGCAGGACCUGGAACACGCUGUCGUAUACGCAGAUCCAGAGCAUUCCAAACAUGCUCAAUGGGUGACAUGUCCAGUGAGUAUGCUGGCCAUGCAAGAAUUGGGAUGUUUUCAACAUAGGGCUGUGCAUUAUCAUGCUGCAACAGGAGGUGAUGGUAGUGGAUGAAUGGCACAACAAUGGGCCUCAGGAUCUUGUCACGGUAUCUCUGUGCAUUCAAAAUGCCAUCAAUAAAAUUUACCUGUGUUCGUUAUCCAUAACACAUGCCUGCCUAUACCAUAACAUCACCGCAACCGUGGGCCACUCAAUCCACAACGUUAACAUCAGCAAACCGCUCACCGACACAACGCGAAACACACUGUCUGCCAUCUGCCCUGUACAGCGAAAACCAGGAUUCAUCCAUGUAGAGAACACCUCGCCAAACACCAUCGAAUGUGAGCAUUUGUCCACUCAAGUUAGUUACGACGACGAACUGCAGUCAGGUCGAGACCCCGAUGAGGAUGACGAGCAUGCAACUGAGCUUCCCUGAGACAGUUUUUGACAGUUUGUGCAGACAUUUUUUGGUUAUGCAAACCGAUUGUUGCAGCAGCUGUCCCAGUGGCUGGUCUCAGACGAUUUUGGAGGUGAAGAUGUUGGAUGUGGAGGUCCUGGGCUGGUGUGGUUACAUGUGGUCUGCGGUUGUGAGGCCGGUUGGAUGUACUGCCAAAUUCUUUGAAACGCCUUUGGUGACGGCUUAAGGUAAAGAAAUGAACAUUCAAUUUACGGGCAACGGCUUUGGUGGACAUUCCUGCAGUCAGCAUGCCAAUUGCACGCUCCCUCAAAACUUGCGACAUCUGUGGCAUUGUGCUGUGUGAUAAAACUGCACAUUUUAGAGUGGCUUUUUAUUGUGGCCAGCCUAAGGCACACCUUUGCAAUAAUCAUGCUGUCUAAUCAGCAUCUUGAUAUGCCACACCUGUGAGGUGGAUAGAAUAUCACGGAAAAGGAGAAGUGCUCACUAACCAAACCUAAGGAGAGGUGCAAUCUAUGUAAUGUGUAUAUAUAUAUAUAUAUAUAUAUAUAUAUAUAUAUAUAUAUAUCAUUGUAUAUAAAAUUAAUCUAAAACAGCCUUUAUUGAAUGUAAUAACUCUUUAAAUGACGAUUGCAAAUCUGCAUUGGAAAAAAAAUAUCUAUUCAAAAAUAAGAGUCAAAGUCAGUUUUAAGAGGUAACUAGAUGACCACAGCUAUUAAAGCAUUGCAUGUGGUAAGCAUUGCAAAUUUGCCUUAUUGUUUAUUUUAUUGUUGUAUAAAUGUGUGUGUGCAAUGUGGAUACUGUAUUUCAUUAUUUUCACCACCCUCCCUGAAUGGAUGCCACCCAAUCACUGUACAUGGCAUUUAACCCCUCCUCUGUGUGUUUUACAGGCAAUCCACUCCUAGUGAGACAGCCCGUUCUCCAGAAUCCAAGCUGUACUAUAUAAAAGCUGUUAUCACUUAGCAAACCCUGCAGCCAGAAGUUCUAAGCUCUCGUAGUAUUGCUUUCACUGAAUAUAUGACUGGAUAUAACUUCCCCUUUACAAGGCUGCACACUGCAUAAUAUUGCUGUCUAUUUUAACUAUUUCAAGCAUUAUCACAGCCCAGGUAAGGAAAAUAGUUUAUGUAUAUUUUUUAAAGCAGUAAUUUAUUUAAUAAAAUAUUAUUAAAUUAAAGUGAAAUUAUAUAAAACAGCAAUUUAAAAAUGAAAGAAAUUGAUACAUUAGUAUGUUUCAGCUAAACAGUAUUUUCUUUUUAAAUUAUGGCGUUUACAUUUUUUUUUUUAAAUAAUUGAUCAUUGUUUUAAAAGUGGUAUAACAUAUAUAGUUGUGUUAUAUUCUUAUCUGUAUCAUACUAGAUUUGUAAUAAAUUAUUUAAUUCUGGAAUUUAAAGAAAUGAUUAAGAAACUUUUAUGACAAUUUGAGACAGUAUGUCUUGUUUAGCAAUUCCUGGAAAUGAAAAUUACCAUUUACUUGUGUUUUUAUUUUAUUUUUAUUUUUUUCUAUCCUUUUUUCUUUUCCCCAGAUUCCAGGAAACCAUUUGUUUUAAAGCAAUCAUUGUAAAAGUCUGUAUACUGUUUCUCCAAACAUGCAAGAAAACCUUUCUAUCACCACUGCAGUUCUGUUUUCCCUUCUUUGUGAAACAUGUGGUUUAGUAUUACCAAAUCCUACAGACUUAGCAUCAUCAGCCAGAAAUUACACCACUUCCAAGCCAGAUGUAAGUGCUCAGUUGGACUCUGCAAAUAUCACGAAGUCCAGAAGGAAGCGCUAUAUUUCUCAAAAUGACAUGAUUGCUAUCCUUGAGUACCACAACCAAGUCAGGAGUAAAGUCUUCCCACCUGCAUCAAACAUGGAGUACAUGGUGAGUUAUUGGACACAGGUAGAAUGCUGCCCAGUAGGUUUUAUUUAAAUCAAGCUUUAAAAAUGAUAUAAUAUUAGGAAAGUUAUAUCUGUAAAUGUGUGCUUUUGUUUGAUUUAAGUAUAAUAGGUUACAUGGGGAACACGGGACAAAAUGAAUGGUACCAUAAUGCUCGAAAGCAAAUACUGAGGUUAUAUUAGUGUUAAUAAUCUGUGUAGAUGGGACACAUUCACAUAACAUGGAAUGCUUGUAACCCCCCUUCCCCCCCCCCCCACGCACCUAAAAUCUCAGAGUAGAACCAAUACGUACUCUGUUUAUGCCUGAGGUAAACAGAAGAUCAACGGUUUCUGUUCUAUUUGGUGAUUAAAGUAUAACUAACUUACCACUUGACAUAAAACUACCCUCACAGUUAUAUCAAAAUGCCACCAAUAAAAAAGCAGCCAAUCGACCCUUUGUACUCGAUGUAUGUUCUUUUUAUGAAGUCUACAUUUAAAGGAACACUAUAGGGUCAGGAACACAAACCUGUAUUCUUGACCCUAUAGUGUUUGAAACAUUAUCUAGCCCCCCGUGCCCCCUCUCCCCCCCAUAAAUAUAGUAAAAUCUUAUCUUUAUUUAAAUCUGAUGGUGCUGGCUCUGCCCCUGAUCUGCCUCCUUGGCUGACAUCAUCAGGAGUGAUUGGCUAAGAUGGUCAAUUCUGAUGAUCUCAGCCAAGGAGAUGGACAUGGGGUGGAGCCAAACACCACCUGGCCAAUCAGCAUUUCCUUUCUAGAAAUGCAUUGAAUCAAUGCAUCUCUAUGAUGAAAGUUCAGUGUCUGCAUGCAGAGGAUGGAGACACUGAACGUCAGUGCUGUACACAAUGCAGCACUGCCCCAGGAAGCAUCUCUAGUAACCAUCUGAAGAGUGGCCACUGGAGGUGGACAAUGUUUACAACAAAAAGUCUGCAGGGCAUGAUUAUACUCACCAGAGCAACUACAUUAAGCUGUAGUUGUUCUGGUGACUAUAGUGUCUAUUUAACUGUUUUAGUGUUUUACUAUGCAUCUUAGCACAAAUGUAUCAAAUUUAUUCUUGAAUUAAACAAGUUCAGGAAUGUCAUAAUUAGCACAUGAACAAGUAAAGAGAUGCAUGCAUUUCAAAGCAAUGUGCUAUGGGCCUACCUAACAAAUAAUGUGUGCGGCCAGGAAGACUGAAAUUUAUCAGUAAUUAUUCUUAACAUGUAAUUGUCACUCUGUGGGUCGAGGCCCAUGAAUCCUGCCAAAUUGCCUGCCACCUCCAAUGCCCCUAAUCUCACCAGAAAUCUAGGCUUAAUGAAUAAAUCUGCAAAAAACAAACAAAAAAAACGAUUAGCCCACCUCUCUGGCUGUGUAGUUCUGAUAAACUAGUAACAGCCAUUCAGGCAUCCAGGUUGGAGGGACUGGGAAGUUAGGGGCUGAAGUAGUAGGGGGGUUGUUUGAGGCUGCAGUUAGUGGGAUAGAGGCUGCAGAGGAGGGGUUGGUGCUGCAGUGGUCUUGGACAGGGGCUGCAGUUGUAGGGAGAACAGGGGCUGCAGGGAAAAUAUAGGACAGGGAAUAAACAUUUUUAAUACAAAAAAAUGAAAUACACUAAAUGUUGUUCCCCCUCCCUGAGACUUUCCUUAGAUCAGGGAGAGGUUAUCCUAAUCCCUGGUGGUCUGAUAGGAGAUGCAGAGGAGGCAGGCAUGUGUGAUGUCAUAUCCCCCAAUCCACUUACAAGCUGUGCUCACGUCUAUGGGUUUAAAUUUAUACUUGGUGUGUGAAAGGAUGAGGAAACAGGUCUGAAUUUGCCUAUAUCAAAGGAUGCACUAAUGUGAGAUUACGAAACCUUCAAACUGAAGAUUUUUUUUUUUUUACUCAAGCAGAACAUUGUCACAUAAUUAAAAAUUUUAGAUUAUUGUCGGUCGUAUAUGUUUGAAGACAAGGUUAUUGUGCUUUAUAUAGAAAAUAGUUAACAGUGUAAACCAUGAGUUAAUAUUUCGAAUGUAGUUCAGGGUCAGCUAAGGUAGUCACUCCUCUUUACAUACUACUAAUAAAAUGUAGGCUGGAGAGUUGCAUUGGCUCAGAUUUUACAAUAUUUCCUUUUUUUUUUUUAUAUCAGCCUCUUGGAUUCAAAACAAAGUCUAGCCAACCUAGCAUAUUCUAGUCCACAUUUUAGGUAAUAAUACAUGGGGAAUGCAAUAACAUUGUAUUCAUACUAUGAAUCAUAAUAUUGAAUGUGCUUAACCACAAUUCUUAAAAAACCAAGCGGUUUUCCAAGACACAUAUAUAAACGGAGUCAUCUUGGUUUCCCAAGAUGAUUGUAUGUGCGUAUAUAUAUAUAUAUAUAUAUAUAUAUAUAUAUAUAUAUAUAAUGUAGCUUUGCAAACAUUGCAUUAGUGCAUUAAUAUAUAAUACAAAAUUGAUAGAGCUUGAUGUUAUGAGAUGCUUGCAGUUGCCCAUCAUACUGCAAUUUGUAUGGAAGAUUAUUAUUCUGCCUACCACAAAACCAAUCCCAACAUAUCACCCAACAGCAAACAAACCAAAUGAGUCGGAGUUCUUGUAACAUUCAUCUAAUUUGGGAUUUUCUUCUAUAGUGCUUAUUUUACAGUCUCUGAAUUGAACUUGAAAAUUUCAAGGAAAGUUAAAUAAUAAAGUGUAAACAUAAUAGUAAACACAAUAGUCAUGAUAGUGAUGUACUCUCUUUUCCUUCACAGUAAUUGAUUUCUAUAUUUAAAGGUCUAUCCAUUCCCGUUCAGGUUGGCCUUAUUACACUUGUGAUUCAAUCUCUUAUUAAGCUUUACUCUCUGGAUGAACUAAGCAGGGUAACUAAGCAGAUUGGCCCAUCUAGGAGGAAAUUAAAGUUCACUAAGAUUCAAAGCAACAAUUGAAUUCAACUGGCCAUGUUUGUAGGCAACCUAGGCCAUAGGGAGCUAUUUUGUCAAAGCAUUAGGAAAUUCACAACUGAACGACUGCACACUUCCAUCAAAAUAAAAAAUAUCCAACUAAUGCAACCGUGGUGAGGCCCCUUGCAGAUACAAAUAAAAAGUAAAGGAUUUGGGCACUUCAGUUAAAAAUUCAGAUAUUAAUCUGAAACUUUUAAUCGGAAAAUAGAUAUAGAGUGAUGCCACUGUAUCUUGUUACAUCAAGUCAUCAAUCUGUAUCUUGUUUCCUAUUGAUGUCUAUAUUUCCUACCUAAGUGCCUUAAUCCUUUACUGUUUAGAGCGUUAGGAAAUGUCAAGGCCAGACUGGGACACAAAUUUACCCUUGCCAUGUAAUGACAGAUUAGUUCAAUAGGAGUUUUUGGGUUCAAAGCAGUGGCAGAUCUGGGGGGGGGGCACAACGGGGCAAUUACACUCCCCCCCCCCUACACCCAGAGAAAACCAAGGCUCUCCCAUGCUCUCCCCUGCAGAGCUGGCUGCAGUUACUAUUGCAAUGCCCUGGAUCUCGCAAAUGCGAACUCUAGCUGAGCUACAGGCUAGAGUUAAUUCUCACGACUGGGACCACCAGGGCUUCUCCACUGGACCACACACACAGUGCCCCCUCACACACAAUUCAACCCUCAUACACACAAACACUGCCUACUCUCAAACACACACACUGCAACCCUCACACACACACUGCACCCCACACACACACUGUCCACUUACACACAUGGCUCCCUCACACACACUGCAACCCUCACUCGCGCACUACAUCCACACAAACACACUGCACCCCUCAAACAGACACACACUCACAAAGCAUGCUUCACACACACACUGCCCACUCACACUGCAAUCAUCACACACACACUGAACCACUCACACAUACACGUACUGCCCCCAAUACAAACACACACUGCCUCCACACAUACUGCAAAUAAUAUAAUGACUGGAAAUUCACUCUCUAACUUUCAUUAAGAAAAUGGAGAAUAGCAUUACAAUAUUUCCUCUGCACCUCUCCCAACAUUUUGUUAAAGGGGAAGCGCUGAAUUAAAAAGAUUGUCUAGUGCAAAUAGCAGCUAUUGAUCGGAAUUGUCAGCACUUCCAGAUAUGUAUAUUCUUGCGUUACCCUGAAAUUAAAAUCCUCUGUGAAACCAUACAUUAUUAAGAAUAAUGAAUCAGUUUCCACUAUGGCAUUUGAAAAUAUGAUUUGCCUGCUAAAAUACUGGGAAGAUCAAGUUAUAGAAAAGACAUAUUAGUGUAGUGUAUAUUAGAGGAACACUCGAAGCACUAUAACCACUACAGUGUGCUGUAGUGCCCUGGUACCUCACAUUUCAAUGUAUAGAGGCAAAUCCUUUUAGAAAAGCUUUAAAUACCGCUGUUUUCUGACAGUAAGGUGGCUACUCUCUCCUAAGCCUGUCAAUGCAGGGCUUAGCUCAUUGACUCAGAGUCAUCAGCUGACACUCUCAGGCAGUGAGCCAGCCUCUGCAGGUCUUAGCUGAGGAAAGCUAACUGAAGUACCUAAAAUGGAGCUUCCGGACAUGUAGAGGAUGGGAGCAGAAUCCUUUGGACCCCAGGUAAGAACUCACACCAUUCUAUAACAGUUUGGAGCGGGUGGUAGGCUGUCCCUCCACAUUUUUUUUAAAUAUAUUUUUAACAGCAGUUUUUCUCUCCUGGAAGAAAAAAAAACACAAAUCUAUUGUGUAACUCCAAAAACUAAAUGUGAUAUCACAUGCUCCUUUUUGAUAUGUCUGAUGCAUGUCAUUCUCAGACAUAUCGCUUAUUAAAUAAAAUCAACACUAAGGGACUGUCUACUAGCCAUCAAUCAUCUUUUUUUCCCAUCAAUAAUCUUUUUUUGUGUGCCAUGGGCAAAAUUCAGAAUCACAAAUCAAAACUGACAUGCUAGGCCAUUGUGUGUUUUGAUUGUUCAGUGUUUCAGCUACAUUUCAAAUUAGAGUUCUUGAAUUUGAAUGACUCUCUGAUCAGCCCAAAUCCAGAUGAAUUUCAAUUCAGAACAAAUCAAAUCUCCAGGUCUAUUGGGUAUGGUAUAUUUUUCUAAUACUUGCGAUCUAUAAUAUUAUUUGUUCAGUAAGGGUGACUACAGAAACCCAUAGAGGCCAUGUUUUUUUUUAAAAAAAAUAUAUACUUUCUGACUUGUUAUCUAGAGAAAAUAAGUUAUCUUGAGAAAACAACUUGUCUUCUCAAAAUAACAACUUGUCAGACAAAAUAUUAAAGAUACAUUACCCCUCUGAGCUUCUGUAUGUAACAGCAUUGAUUAAACCUAUUAAUAAUUUUGGUCUAUUUUAUUUUGUUAUGGUUACAAUACUUAUUUGAACAUCACUUUAUCUAAAAGAGUCAUACAUCUAGAAAUCAACUAUAUUGGGUAAUAUGUACAGCGAUGUAUAUAUAUCAAUUCAAAGUUUAGUCAAUAAAUCUCUAAAUUAUUCUGAUUAAAUUGAUAAUCUAUUACUAAAAGUAAAUUAAAAAACGGCACAGCUAGCUCUCAGGACCUAAUCAGUUUAACUGUAUUUUAGUUUUCCAUUCUUACUUUAGUUUUGCAUAAUAUCACACCAAACAACUGCUGUAUUUUAAUAUAUAUUAUAAUUAUAUCACUUAGCAUAAUCUCUUUUGCUUACAGCUAUUGCCCUACCAACAAUGUAAAUAACACGCAUAACAAAAAACAAUGUAAUUUUUUUACACGUGAAAUAAUCUGUAUAAUUUACUUAAACAAGCUAUAACAAAAAAAAACAAGAUAAAAUAUAGCUUGAGUUUAUACUGGGCAACCAAAGUUAACUAAGAAAUGUUUAUGAACAAUUUGUGACUGGCUGUUGUGUCACACUUCAAAUUUAGAUCCUUACAUAAACCUGUUAGUAUUUGGCCUCUUCCACCCAACUCACUUUAUCCAUUUGUCGAAAGUCAAAUUCACGAUGUAAGAGGACAUUUGUACACCAAUCACUCGGCCAGUCUUGCCCUCUGUUGUUUGCUAUGAUACACUGUUUUUCUUGGCAACCAAAAUUCAUGUUUUCCAAACUGGUUUCUGUUUCAUAGACUUGUACGACGAUUUGUGUUCAGUUGCAUACAUUUUUUUUCCCAGUUUAGAAUACAGCCUUGAGAUGAGUCGCCACAUUCUUACCUGUCUAGAAUGUUUUAAAGCUUCCUUUUGACAUCUUUACAAUGCAUUAAAUAACAGUGUCAACUCCAGUGACAACAGCUGGUGAGCAGGUUAUAGAAAUACCAGACCCCCAACAGAUCAAGUACAAUACAGAUGGCUAGUGCCUCUAAUUGAUGAUUAACCUUGUAGAUAUUCCAUCUUCAUUCUCUCUACAUUAGUCUGCUGAACAGUUGAAAAUGUUUGUGUUACAGAGGUCAGACACUCAUUCAUAUUCAUGUUUUUAUUUCAUUCUUUAAACUGAACUAUAUCCUUGUUAUUUGGAUACUAGUGACUAUAUAAUGUCUAAGUGUACAAAAGCUGUAUCAACAUCUGUGCAACUGGUGCUUCUGAAUCUAUGUUGAUUGACAGUUAGAUAUUUUCAAGAGGUGGUUAAAUAGUAAUUAUUUGGUAACAAGAUGGAUUGCUUUAAUGAAGUUAAUUUUCAAAAAUAUGUUAGUGAGUAGACUUGUAUAUCUGAUAUACGUAUAAAUCCAUUUUGUUAAAAUAUCAGAUCUUGUAAUAAAAAUGUGUCAAAAUAUGACAACAAAAUAAAUAUAAUUUUUCUGUCUCACAGCUCUGUGAGAAGAAUUGUUAGGAAGAGACCAAACUAUGUUAUCCCAUAGGAUAGGAAACGUAUAGAGUAACAGAUGUACUAAAAACGAAAAUAUUUACAGUCAAAAAUAAAAUUCUGUGUCCAGUUCUAGGGCUGACUGUAGAGUGGCCACAACAAUGUUAAGUAGACAUCUGUGUCUCACCUGGAAUUCUAUAUCAUCUGUCCUAAAAACCAGAACCUCCAUGUGGCUACACCAUAAUCCUAAAACUGAACAUGAAUUUUUUUUUUUUUUAAGUAUACACUAUAUGGCCAAAAGUAUGUGAACAACUCUGCAUUAUAUCUAUAUUAGCUUGUUGGACAUCUCAUUUCAAAAUAAUGGCAAUUGCUAUGGGGUUUACCUCAUUUGCAGGUCUAACAGCUACCACUCUUUUGGGAAGGCUUUUUCACAUGAUCUUGUAUUGUGUCUUUGGGAAUUUGUGUGCACACAGCCAAAAGAGCAUUUGUGAGAAGAGGUUUGGGUCUCAAUUUGCAUUCUAAAUGUGUUCUGUGUGGCUGACGUCAGACCUCUGUGGAGACUACUGGAGUUCCUUCAUAGCAGACUUGUUAAACCAUGUCUUCUUGGACCUAGCUUUGUGCACAGGGUCAUAGUCAUGCUGGAACAGAAAAGGUCCUACCUCAAAUUAUUGCCACAGACUUGGACACUCCCAAAUGUAACAAAUGUCUUUGUAACCUAUAGCAUUAAGAUGGCAAUUUGCUGGAAGUAACGAAUCUUGCCCAAACCAUGAAAAACAGCCCCAGAUCAUUAUCUAUCCUGUUCCAGACUUUACCGUUAUGAGGAAUAAUAGGGAUCCUACACGUAGUGUGUAGUAGAGUAUUAAUGUGUACCAGACUAUAGAAUGGCCGGGCUUACGUCAUAAGAACAGAGAGUAAUCAGGAACAAACUGAGGUCAAGCGAGGUGUAAAACUCCAGUCGAUUCUUUAGAGGCAGCUCUUUUCCUGUCCCCCUAUAUUUGCAUUUAAAUUACUUUAAUUACAGAAUUUCCAUCUUUAAUUCCAGUUAGGCCAAUUAUUAUUAGCGCUAACAAUAUUAGCUUACAGUUGCCGGGGACAGAUCUAGUGGAGAAGAAGUUUCACGAAAUGCCAUGUGGUAACAAUGGGCCCCUAUGACAGUGCCAGUGAGCUUUUUAGUAAGAGAUUUCAUGGAUUUGUGCUGGGUGAGGCUGAAACACCUGAACCCAACACUUAUUUAGGGGUGUCCACAUAAUUAUGGAGUAUGGGGAAUUCUACUCCAUAGAAUUUCUAAUAUAUCAGCUAGCACAAUGUAUAAGUAGAUUUAUUUAUUUUUCAGCCUAAAACACGUCUCAUGCCAAACAUGACAGAGUCUUUUUAAAUGAUGGAUACAUUAUGGUAGCCUAAACUGUGUUCCAGUUUUUUGUGCUUAUGCUGAUCGGUUUUCCUUGUAUCAGGUUUACUCAUUAUUGUUACACUAUUUUAAAGUGACAUUGCUAUGACAUUGCCAUAUGCUCAUGCCAAGGAGUAUGAGUUACUUGAUAUGUGCUUGUGUGCUUGCACUAUUAAAUUGUUCUCUUAGUUUAGCCAUUCUUAUAUACAUGCAUACAUCGGGCUGUAAUACUGAGACAUUUUUUGCUCAGUAACAAAUCCAACAAGUUAAAGUUCACCAGAUCACACCUGACCUAUUUAAAAUGAGCAGGUUUACCUAAUGCUUCAUUGUCUGUCUGUCUAACCACCUGUUUUUCUCUCGCUCUGUGUAAGUAUUUAUAUUGUGCAUAAACAUGGCAAGUCAUUACCCCAUGGAAGAAUUAUAACUUAUUUUUAGAAAAUUAAACUAUGUAGAAGAAUAACAGUUAAUAUAUUAUUAAUCAUAAUAGUAUGUUGAUGUUGGUCAAAAUCCAAAUGCAAUUUGGAUGCAGGAUGGAUUGUUUUGCCAUUAUGGAACAAAAUGAAAUCAGUGCAAGGUUUUUUUUUUGUUUUGUUUUUUGUAAUAACAAAAGCAAACGUGACUCCUGAAAUGUGGUACUUUAUGGUAUUUUUUCAACAUUAAUUAUGUUUUUUUAUAUGUUCUGCUAAUUAGCUCUUUAUACCUUUACAGUUUAUUGCAGUGGUUAUAAUGGUAUAAUGCUAGCAACUUGCCCCUACAAUUUUAACUUUUAAAAAUCCCUUGCAUUUUCUGUAUUUUCUUUUAAAUAUCUGGCAUCUAGACUCCAACCACCCUUUCUAAUGACUUAAUUUGAGGCAGACAAGAAACAGUGCACGAUGUGAUUGUGUCCAUAGCUCAACUCCUACAGGUGCAGAAGGCUGAUGUCAUAUCCCACCCCACAUCACGGUAACACAGUACUGUUACAUAAAAGCCCAAAACAAUGAUGCCAGGAUACACUGAUCAGUACACAUGAGACACAUGAGAGGGAAAAGGGAAAAUCUAUGGAAUUAGAAUGGCAUGGGUCCAGACUCAAUAUUUACAAAGUUAUUGGGAAAGAGUUGUAGAGAAUCUUGUACAAACAUACAAAGAAAUUAGCAUGGGGAGAUCCACAGGACUGGGAUGGGAAUGGAAGAGACACAAGGCAUAGGGGGCAGCGUGGGGGAAGGGUAUGAAAAGAGAGACAGUGGUAGAUGGUAUGUAGAGGGAGGCAGUGGUAGAGUUAUGGAGUGAGAGACACAGUGGUUAUGGGGUCAUGGGGAAAGUGACCUUGGUAGGGAAUCAUGGGGCAGAGUCAAAAAAGACUUUGGGAAAAUGGCUUGGGGGGAGAUGAUUUGAGGGAGACAGGACUGAGACGAGAGGAACUGGAGUUGAACUGGGGGAAUUCUAUUGUGGAAUACACUGAGAAAAUAUGGCAUUUUUUAAUGCAUUGAUAGCAUGUGCAAUGGGAGGAAAAUUGUGUGAUCUGUACUGGAGACGAAGUGGAUUGUUUUCUACAUAUUAAAUGGGGCUAUGGAAAGAGUGAUAACAAUGAGAAGGAGCAAGGGAUGUAUAUUAUGGGACACAUAGGAUUUCAGAAUGAAAAGAGGUCAGUGAAAGGAAAUGUAAACUCUAUGGAGCAGCUGUGGAAGCACAAUAUUAAUUGAACAGAGGUAAUGGAUAUGUUAAGUAACUGUGAGGGAAUAUCUGCAAAACUGUCUUUUAGUGAUCAUACUGCGGGCAAUAUGUUGCCCUUUGACUCAGAUACCACAUUGUAAUAGGGCACCCAUGAACACAAUGUCUCCAAAAUUGUUCAAAUGGUUAUGGCCUUUGGAGAUUCUCCUAGGAAACCUAUGUUCAAGCAAGGUAAAGACUCCAGCUGGUAGAUACAUGUUCAGUAUAAAACAAGAACAAUAUAAAUUAAAUUGUGGGCAGCUGGACCUGUCAGGGUGUACUUAAAGAAAAAAUCCUGGCAGGAGCACAGGUACUCCCAGAGUUUCAGCAAAACUGUUGCAACGUAGAGUCAUAACUUGGGAGUUCCCAAGUGCAUACAGUAUUCUUUGAUUUAGGCCGAGUACCAAUUUGUUUGGAAAACCAGAUAGAAUGAAUAUGAUGUUGAGCAGACCGUAGCAAAACAUAACUGUUUACAGCCUUGUAAUAUAAAUACUGUGCCUAAUGAAUAGUCACUAUUGUGUGUAGAAGAUGAAAGUAUAUUUAUUUUUAGGGUCCAGCAUCUUAGCUAUGUUUAUCUUUAUAUGCUGUAAAACAUAGAGCCCUAGGACAGAAAAAUAAAAUGUGAACUUUAUAAUGUCCCUGACUUUUCAACAUGAGUGACAUUUUAUUUACUGGAAAGUUCUGUUUAUAGCAGCACCUACCCUAAUUCAACACCAACGGUUUUAGUAUUUUUUGCAACUUAGAAUGCAGAUCAGCCUCAUCUUUUGUACAUUUUAGUGGCUCGUGUGUCAUACAACUAUGUACCUAUUCAAACACAAUGAAGCAUCAAGCCUCAAUUACAUAUAUUAUCAGAUUUUGAAAUGGUGGAAGUUAGAGAGGUAAAUUAUAGACUAUGCAACCUUUGGCACACCAGAUGCUGCGGACUACAUCUCCGUUAAUGCUUUUACAGCCAUAAUGCUGGCAAAGUAUUAGGGUAGAUAGGGUAGAUGCACUCCACAACAGCUGGAGUGUUUUCUAUUUAUACUUUUUUUUUUCUUUUUAGUAUUUUUAUUUGCACCUAACAAAUGCAAGCCAGUCUUUUGCAACUCUUUUGCAACUUUUAAAAAUAUAGAAGCUAUGGGCGUCUUACUUUGAAAUCUGGGCAUGAGGAGGCCCUCUCCUGUCACUGCACCCACCUUCCUUUCCUCUACUCUUUCGCAAAGCACUCUUUCUUUCCUUUUCUCAUUGCAUAUACCUUCAAAGGACAUUCGUAGGCGCUACACCAACCUUUCUGUUUUAUCAUAAUCCUUGAGCCUGAAAAACUGUUGAAAAAAGAUGCGUACAGUCAUAUGACAGUUGCAAACGUCUAAAUGUAAAAAAUGGAAUGUUACUUGACUGUCCAAAAAAAUAGAAAUUAAAAAAAUCAAACAAAAGGAGAUAUAUCAUAAAAAUGUUGCUAUUUCAAAUUAAUUUCAUAGAUUCAAAGUCAUUAUUAUACUUCUUCUCACAGAAUACCAUAGACUUAGUGACCUCAGCAUAAUAUUGUUUCAUUUUUUUUGCCCUGAAAUUGUAUUUUAUUUUGUGGGAAAAGCCCAAUAUUGGUGGACACAUCUGUAUAUCCCAGGCUCCAUUUCUGAGAAGUGAAAUCAGUCCCAGAUGUUAUCUUUAGUAUCAAAGUGCAGAUUUACACUUGCUGUAACGCAUGUAUCACAUUUGAGGAUAACUGAACAUUUCCAUAAACCCAACAAAAAGAAAAAUCUCUUAAAGAUCAGAAUGGUGAUGGUUACCAUUUAUAAUGAAAUAUGGAGAUAAUGCAUUAUAGAAAAAAAUAUUCCCUUUAGAAUUCGACUCUUUUACGAUCUUCUCAAUGGUAGAACUAGGCAGUCCAGGAGUUAAAGUAAUAUGUAUUUUAGCAUUGUGUAAUAUACAUUGUUUUUUAUUUUAUUUUUAUUUAAUAUACUAUUAGCUUUAUUCAUUUUUUUUUACCAAAAUUAAUCUGUUUCGUCACACAUGCACACAGACAGAGUUAUGAAAGAGUUUAUACAGGUUAGUUAGGACGCAGAUUGUGUCCACACCUUGCAUACACAUGCAAUGCUAGAAUAUGCAUGACCAAGAGAAGGAGCAGUAUCCUCCUGCGUUGCUACAUGGUGGGCUUAUAGCUGCAGUGCUUGUUAUCAAAUUUGGCCUAAAGAUUGGGCUAGGGUCAAGCACUCUUAAGUUAAAAUGCUUAAUAUACCUAUGAUAAAUGCACAAUUGAAUCCAAAACAGAAAUCCACAAUAAGUGCAGGUAAGCAGGUUUCUUAUAUUUACUUUGGCACAAUAUAUGUCUGGGAUACAGUCACAGGCUAUUUGGAACUGUAACUAUUUGGAAUAAUGUUAAAUACAUUGUUUCAAUUAUGCUAAUGUAUAACAAGUUCAGCUGCCCCCUGUGAGUUUUGGCUAAAACAAUGCCAAGAGUGCUUUGAGGUUACAAUAUUUUAAAUUUCAGUUGAAGUUUGGAAUGCCAAGUCUAUUUUAGAAAGUACACUUGUCUUUAUUUUACCGAAAGGCUAUGAAUUUAACCCACUCAUGUAUUCCUUAUAAAUCGAACUGUUAUAUCGUUUAGAGAGCUACAUAUUAUACUGAACAGAACAAUUGUGCAAAUUCUUUAUGAUGUUUCUGUUAAUUGCAUAUCCUGGGUUUUCUUUACAUAAGGGACGCUGUGGAUGUGUUCAAAAUCUGUGCAGAGAAUCCAACAACAACAAGUCACAAAACAUGAAUCAAAUUAAAUAAGAGUAUUUAAAUGGUUACUCCAACCACCAUGACCACUUCUGCUUUUGUGGUCAUGGUGGUAGAAAUCUGUAUGUGUAUUUCUGCUUGAAAUGCUGCAUAUCGAGAGAUAUUUGCACUUGUGGGCUGGGGGGCUAGUUAGACUCCUGGCACACGUGACGUUGGCAGUCCUAAUAUGAAUUCUGAGCUAUGUAAUACAUCUGUCAUCAGCAAGUUGGUGACAUACAUACAGAGCUUCUACCCUAUCAGGCAGUGGCUACAAGGGUAAGUAUUCAUUGAAUGUGUCCCUGCCUCCCUAUCCUCUUUGUUACCCCUAUCCCCUUCUAUGCUUCUCUUUGAGAAGCAUUUGGUUGGACCACAAAAGGAAGCUGUCAUGUCAGAAGAGGUGUGGAGUUGUGACGGAUCGCCUGGCACCCCGACUGGGUACCUCCGUUGAAAGAUGCUCCUAGCGCUUCCUGAGGACUCCAAGCACUGCAGCAGACGCCACAAUCACCGAACCAGAGAAGCGUAUACCUUCUCUCAAGCAUAUGAAUGCUGUAGACAGUUGAAUAGGAACCAUACGAAUAGGUUUACUCUCCUACCAGUCAAACUGGAACAGCAUACAAUAAAUCCUUCCCCCAAUAAUGAGACGACACUUCACUUUGAGGGUUAAAACAGGAACUCACUGUACUGUCACAUACAGUCUCUUUUAUUCCCAAUCCACAAACAUAGUACAGCCCACAGGGCGUUACAAAACAGCCAAUCAAUCAAUACAAUACACCCAGACACUCCCACACAAAAUCCUCCCCUCUGGCUGUGAUAUGAUUACUGAACACAAUGGGUAAUCUAAUUAUCACAGCCAGAGAAAUACAGUUUCAUAAAACACAUCACAGGGACCCCAAAACAUGCAAUAACCCCAUAAAAUAAGUAUAUCAUUGGAACUGGGGGAUCUGGGUGAACCACAUAUCCAAAAUUCACCCAGAUCCGUUCAGUACUUUGGAAAAUACAGUUUAAUGCAGAUUCUGCAGAACAUAUACAGGCUAAAUAAAAACAAUCACUGUAUAAUGUGUCCCCUGCUGUAUAGUCCAAAACCACCGCACAAUGUCUCUGUGCAACAAAUACUGGCGAGAUGGCACCGUGUUGAAAAGUCCACACAGUGUCUGUGAGUUAAAAUGGCCGCCAUCCAUUGUUCUCACCAUGUGCUUCUUAUACAGGAAAUGGUGGCCACCCAGUAACUCCACAGUAUGUCCCCAGAUGGUUCUUAAAAGGGCCAGCAGCAGCACAACACAAAUCCAUUAUGCCCAAAUCAUGUCUUUAAAGGGCAAUACAUCCCAGGGGCCAUAGUCACAUGGCAGGAGGCUGGCAACCAGGCUUCUCCAGUGCAUAGUGGCGAGGUUGGUUCCGCCACAGGAGUCCAGUGCGGGAGCUUUGCCCAGCACUGGAUUCCAGGAAGGUGUAAAGCUUUUUAUGAGUUCUAGUGUUAAUCCUGAAGGGACAGGUGCAAGUCAGCAUUGCCCAAUAGGGCAUUACUGAUUAAAAUAUAUGCUCACUAAAAAUAAAGUUGGGUUAACCCUUCAAGAAGCAAUUUAUUCAUGAAGAGCGAUAUUUCUAGAACAUUACUUCCAAAACACUUCUAGAUCCACUGCCUGGAUUGGCAGCCACUGACUUAUCUACAAAUCCAGUGAAUUAAAUGAAGAACUAUAUCUGUAUCCCCAAACAGGUAUUUCUUCUUUUAUUGUGUUGUGCCUCCGAAUAUAAAUCGUUUGUUCAUGGGUUCUUGGACACAAGACUCUUUGAAAACAGCAUAUGUGAGAAGAUGGUCAAACUAACUUUUUAUGUAUUCUCCUUUCAGGUCCUAUUGAGGUUAUAGCUCACUAGUACCAUAACAUAGAAUCUACACCAUUUGUAUACCAAUUAAUUACAACGGAUGGGUAGUCCAGUACCAAAUUUCUAUAAAAUUCACUUUGUGUAAGUGGUACAGCAACCUCUUACAAUCAUUUUGGCCUUCUACAGGCCUCAUGAGUAAGGCAGGGGCGUAACUAGAACAUUUGGUACCCAGGGCAGGUCCUCCACACUCCCCCAACUAUAAAUGUAAAAAACAACCACAAUUUUUUAAAAAUGUAUUUAGCACUGAACUGUGUUUGUGUGUUUGAAUGUAAGCAUGUUUUUGCAUGGAGUAUGUGUGAGUGUCAAUGUAGGGGUGUGUUUGUAUGUAGUGUUGGCGUUUGAAUGCAAGCAUGCAUUUGAGUGUAGUGUGGUUUCUGAAUGCAGUGGUGUGGUUAUAUAUAUAUAUAUAUAAUGGUGGGGUUUGUAUGCAGUGUGGACAUUGAAAUGCAUUAGUAUAUUUGUGUGUAGUAUUGGCAAGAUUUCGAGAUGUAUGCACAUAUACACAUACACAUAUGCUGUGCUGUGCUGUGCAUGCUGGCAUCUUACAACACAUUUGAAUAUAAUUCACAUUAGCCACCCAGAUUUCUUGUUGUGGGCUGGCUGAUACCUCUUAACUUCAAUCUUUGUUUAUCAGAUAACUCCCCUAUUUGCUAUCCUUUAUUAUUUAUUAUUAUUAUAUUUAGAUAGUGCCAACAAAUUCUGUAAAAGUUUACAAUUAUGGGGGAUCUGCAAAACAGCAAAACAGCAAAACAGUUUACAAUUAUGGGGGAUCUGCAAAACAGCAAAACAGCAACUCUAAUGUGGUAUCUUUAAAUGUGGAAAGCUCACAUAAGGGAAUCAAUUUAGGGAAUUAUUUUCUUAAUUUUAAUAUUUCAGUUGUUUAGUAGAUAACUCCUUUGUUUGUUAUCCUUAUGUGGGACUGCAAUAUUUAAGGACACCAAAAUAAGGGAGCUAUCUACUAAACACAUACACACACACACAAUAACAAAAAAAUGUGAAACUAUACCCGGGUGCUUCCCAGCAGAUCAUACAAACAAAGUAAAGAUAGGAGCACUCUCUCGGUUUUUCCAAGUGUAUUCAAAAAUAGAAUACACAUAUUAGUAUAGAUUGUGAUAAUUUUUGAAAACCGAUCGAGUGCUCCUGUCUUUACUUUGUUUUUAUAUAUAGAUAUAUAUAUAUAGAGAGAGAGAGUUAAUACAAUGUUAAACCAAAAUCUGCACACCAGUCAAGCCAUAAGUCUUGCUUUUCCUAACAAAAUCACAAAUUUGCAGUGAUGUUACUACUGCAAAGGAUUCUGGGUGGGCAUAUGCAAAUUAGUUCAACAAAGAAUCACAUUUUUGCCUCAUUCCAUUUUAAACAUGGAUUCCUUGGAGUCUGUGUUUGCUGUAUACAACAGCUUUGAAACACAACUUAGUGAACCGCUCAUGGUCAGCUGUUUCAUUGUUAAUGCAAAUCAUCAGCAUGAGGUUGGUUACUGGCUAGCUUUGAAGUUUUGGUUGUUGCUUCGCAAGUACCUCCAAGCCUCAAAGCUUGCCAGUAACCAACCUCAUGCUGAUGAUUUGCAUUAACAAUGAAACAGCUGUCCAUGAGUGGUUCACUGGCUUUGCAUCUUUUUCCUAAGUUGUGUUUCAAAGCUGUUGUAUACAGCAAACACAGACUCAAAUGAAUCCAUGUUUAAAAUGGAAUGAGGCAAAAAUGCACAUACUGUCAAAUACAGCCACAUGCGCACAGUCCCACACACAUAGUCGCUCGCACACAGUCACACACACAGUUACAGACAGACGGUAACACACACAGCUACAGGCAAUCACACGCACAAUUACAGGCAGACUAACACAGUUACAAGCAGCAUCACACAGUCACAGGCAGACAGUCACAGGCAGUCAGACCCACAGUUUCAGGCAGACAGUCACAUACAAUGUCAUAGGCGGGCAGUCACAAGUAGGCAGUCACACACACACAGUCACAGGCAGACAGUUCCACACAGACAUAGUCACAGGUAGACAGUCAAACACGCAGUCACAGGCAGACAGUCAAACACGCAGUCCCUGCCAGACAGUUGAACACGCAGUCACAGGCAGACAGCCACAAGCAGACAGUCACACACGCAGUCACGGGUAGACAGUCACACAGGCAGACAGACACAAUCACAGUUACACACACAGCACACACUAUCUCUCACUGACAGUAUGGGCUGGAGGAGGAGUUCUCCUAUGCAUUUAUAUGUGUCCAGGAAACAUGGUGAAUCUGGAAGCCCUACAAUUCCUAUAUAUUACAUUAUUUUACUCAUUGUCAGGAAUCUGGCACGGAAGUUAGGGUCAUUAGCUUCAAUUGAUGUAGAGCUCAAAACUCAUGUAAACUGAGAUAAUCCCGGACACAAGAGAAGCCAGGUAUAUUAAAAAGACCUAAUCCCUUUCUUUUAUCAUAAUGUCUACAGUAAAAAUAUAUUUAGAAUUCUAGCUGUGCAUGAGAGAAGCAUAGAACAUUGCUACAUGAACAAUGGGUAUCCUGGCAGACUGGCAGUUUCUUUUGGACUCUGCCCUCUAAUAUCCCCUUUCUUAAAACAUUUUUGAAAACCACUAUACCUAGCUUCAAAAAUAGGAGCAUAAAGAGUUGGGUAAAGGCCUGCAUCUUCCCAAUUCUUGAUAAACUGGAUACCUUUCAAAUCCCUCUAUGGGUGUUUGUGCUUUAUUUUGAGGUUAUUUAUUUAUCCAGUCUCAUUUUGUUAUACUAACCACUGUUUAACUUCAAAUUCACAGUAGUAGCAAUUUUUGUAAGAGAAUAGGAAUGUUCGCUGGAAAGAACAGUGGUUUUAAAUUUAUAGAUUUAUUAUUUAUUCAUUACUACAUCCUCCAUUUCUACAGCACUUGUAAUGCUUAGUUUCAAUACAUAAAUGUUAUUUCACAUCCACUUUAUAUAAAUAGCUUUCAUUAAAAUACUGCAAAUAUAAUUAUAAAGUUAAAUGAUAUAACACAACGGAUCUCCUGAGACAACUGUUCGGUGAGUGUGUAAUUUUAAGAAAUUCACAGAUUAAUUAACCACCACAUUCUCCCAACCUUUCAGCUCUCGAUCACUUCCUGUGGGGAUAUCCGAAAGAGUGGGUGUACGUGAUUAACCCGCGUACACUUUAGCAGUUCGAGAAGAAUAUCCAUGCAGAAAUCCAAGCGCUUGAGCCUCAAACAUUAACUAAUGUUAUGAACAAUGCAAUCAAAUUAGCUCGAAAAGUUUAAUUUUGCCAUUUUUCUGCAAGAAAAGUUUAUGGAGAAUUGACCUUAACCAACUUAACCAUAUUCCAUCCAUGCAAUGGUGGUAUACAUAUUUAAAUUGUUCCAUCGCCCCUUGCCUGGAAAUGUUCAUAUUCUGCAUCCUACAUAGGUGAGAGGUGUUUCCAGAUAAUGGGUGCUUAACUACAUCAGAAAAGGUGAUGGGAUUGACCAUAAAAGAGGUUCCACCUAUAAAUAGACAACAUUUGAAAUGUUCAUGUUAAAAUGUAAAAAAUUUUACCAAAAAAAAAAUUUGCUUUAUAUUAAAACCAAAAUACAUAUAAAAUCAGGUAGUUAUGGUUCCUCUUUGAAUUAUUUAUUUGAUUAAUUUAUUUUUUUAAAUCUAAUUUGUGCACGGUAAUGGGUAUAAAUGUGUAAUAAUCAAAUGAUAAAAACACAUAACAUUAAUUGAUUUUGUUUCAGAAUUUUUGUUUUUUUAAUUUAAAGUACAUUUUUUGCUCACUGUUAUGGAAUGUAAAAAUAAGAGAGAAGUAUAACGUUUGACUAAAAAUAUAAUAUUUUGCAAACCACUUUUAUAAAGAAAGGAAACAAAAACCUUAUUUAAUUGAAUAUGACUGUAUUACUGCACCUUUUUUCAUAUGUUGAAAGGGAGAGGUAUUUAUCUAUCUACCAAUCUCACCUCUCUGUGUUCUCACCUUCAUUGCAGGUCUGGGAUGACAAUUUGGCAAAGUCUGCUGAAGCCUGGGCUGCUGCCUGUAUUUGGGAUCAUGGCCCAUCCUACUUAUUAAGGUUCCUUGGUCAAAACCUCUCUGUCAGAACUGGAAGGUAUAACACAUUAAAAUUGAAUUUACAAUUCAUCAGUUCAAUUACACCUACCUUAAAUCUAUUAAUAUAUCACUGGCUCAAACAUUAAGGACAGAAUGUACAUGAAACUGCCAAUAGAUUUACUAAUAAUCAUAUUAAUAUAAAUACUAUGUAUUUUUGUGAGCGCAAUGUGUUGAAUGCUGAGGGCGACUGCUGUUAUUCUAUACAAAAUCAUUUCCAAACAAGGAAGAAACAAAUAAUAAUAUAACAGACUGCAUUCUACAGCUUUUGUAUUGUGUGUUGUCUUUUAAAUCUUUUCCUACAAACAUAUAUAUUAUGCAUCAUCUAUUCAAUAUUAAUAAAAAGAAGUGUUCUUAUUGUUUUAGGGCUUUUAAUAAUGCAUAUCAAACUACAUGCUGGUGGAAAGUCUCUUUUGUAAAACAAUGUUGCUUUUGGGUCUUAUGUUACUAAGAAAGAAAAUUAGGAAAGAAACAAAUAAAAUACACAUAAAAGAUAAAACAAAUUGGAAGAAGUAAAGAGGCCUCUUCAAUUUUUCGCUUUACAGAUAUCAAUCAAUACUUCAGCUGGUGAAACCAUGGUAUGACGAAGUAAAAGACUAUGCUUUCCCGUACCCUCAAGACUGCAAUCCAAGAUGCCCACUGAGAUGCUACGGACCCAUGUGCACACAUUAUACACAGGUUAUUUGUCUUUUUUCUGUUUUAAUUAUACUUUGCGAACAUUCAUAUCAAUUUCCAUGUUCUAUUAGAUUUUCUUUCUGCAGCUUCCUUAAAGGAACGCUCCAGGUACCAUAAUAACCAACCAUAAUCGAAAUGUAGUUGGCUUAGUGCCAGGAGGUCCCUGGUGCUUCCUUACCAUUAAGUGUUAACCCUUUCAUGAAGUUAGUGCUACAGUGCUGGAUAGCUCUACCCCUGUCCUUUCACUUACCGACAUUCUUCAGAUUUGAAGGCGUUUUUUAUAAAUGGGGAAUUACUGACUGGGUUACAACAUCAGCUGACUGCUCUAAGCCUAUCAGUGGUGCCCAUGCCAAACCAGUCUAAUGUGUCCUUCAGAAGAAUUUCUAAAAAUGCAUAAGUGAAUGUGGACAGGACAGAGAGAAACGCUGUAGAGCAGAGUUUGGGAUUAAACUGUUCAUAAAUGGUUCAAUCACUAAAUGAAGGACCUCCUGGCACCUUAACAACUUGAUUUCAAUGAUGUUGUUAUGUUGUCCAUGGCGUUUCUUUAACCCCUUAAGGACACAUGACGUGUGACAUGUCAUGAUUCCCUUUUAUUCCAGAAGUUUGGUCCUUAAGGGGUUAAAGUCAAACAUCAGGUGUAAAAAAUGUCUUCUGUUUAUGCUGUAAAUAUAGUUAAUUUCCAAAAAAUUUUUUUUGUGUUUAAUGUUGCCAAACACUUUCUCACAUUAUCAUCUUUCCAUCUUUGUAUCACUUUCCACCCCUGCAUAGUACCAAAGGCCUCAAUUACCCCUUUCAUUUCACCAUAAUAUUAUUCUAUUUACACCUUUUAUCAGUAUGUCUGUUAGCCAAACAAAUUUACAAUUCAAAAUAUAUUAUUUUCCUUAUAGUCUGGUCCAGCAGUGCACACUCCUGUUCCUUGAAAAAAACUAAAGUAUAUGAGACACCCCACACUCCAGCUGAGAUAAAACAGCCACAUAGGUUCUUAUCAGAGCAUCUGAUUUUCUUACCUCAAUGUAAUGUGACAUUUGCUUGUUUUAGUGCUGGAAUGAGACAGUUGAUUUUAUAUAAGUAAAUUGCAUAGCUUAUGGGGGAAAAAAAACAAUCUAAAGUGUAUAACUUUUAUUUUUAGAUGGUUUGGGCCACAACUAACAGAAUAGGAUGUGCAAUUCACACAUGCCAUAACAUGAAUGUCUGGGGAGCAGUUUGGAGAAGAGCUGUAUAUUUAGUGUGCAAUUACGCACCAAAGUAAGUGAUUCUUUUUCUUUUUGUGUAAAGUCUCAGUUAGGUAGUUGUUGUUAAAAAUCAUUAGAAUAAUACUUAAAAGGGCAGUCAAAGCCCCAGUGGCAGCUGAUAAUGUUUAAAGUUGGAGGGGCACUAUACUCUACCCAUGGCAAUUAACUUUGCUUGCUGAUUUAUUGAGCAAUGUCAGUUUAAUCCCAUGUACUCAACCUAUGAAACAAUGAGAGGUUAUGGAAACAUCCACGAUAAAGUGUUUCACCUCCAACCCCUGAUAUGAUUACGUAAUGAGAUCCUCAGAAGACAUGGCGAUACUCAAGCCUGUCUUUUUUGGAUGUCCAGAAUCUUAUGUCCCAAUGCAAAUCAAAUGGGUGAUGUCAUAAAUCCUGUUAGAGUAGAAUAAGCAAGCUUGAGGGAUUCAUAUCCAGUGAAUGAGAUGUGUUUACACAACUAAAUUACAAAAUCCUGACAAACAUAGUUGUUCCACCUUUCAACAGUAUCAAUAACAGGGAAAAAGGAAAUUGCAGAAUUACUUAUGACAGACAUAACAAUUAUCAUUAGUCCUUGUCAUGAAAAUAGAUUUUAAUUUUUUAUUGUAAGAAAAACUAGGGAGCCACUGCCACACUUCUCCCUAUAGAUCAGCCACUACAUCAAGUAUGCUCCCUGAUGUAUGUUGUUGUACAUUAUGGUACUUUUAAUUGCUAGAUUUAAAUCCAGGUACAAAAAAUAACCUUCUAUAUCUUAUGUUUUAGGGGAAACUGGAUCGGAGAGGCGCCAUAUAAAGUUGGUGUACCAUGCUCUGCAUGUCCACCAAGCUAUGGAGGCUCUUGUACAGACAACCAGUGUUUUCCAGGAGUAACAUCUAAUUAUUUAUAUUGGUUUAAAUGAAUGGAUCUGGACCAGUGAUACCCAACCUUGGCAGUUAAGUUGUUUGUCUAAAAGAGUAUCCUAGAGUAUCAUUUAGGCUGUCAAGGUUAGGUACUGCUGAUCUAGGCAUACAACUGUUGCUGUGUAAAGAGCAAAAUCUUCUUUAAUAUAGUCAGGCAAUGUAAUAUAUAUUGCACAAGUAUCAGAGGUAUAUUAUUCCAAGCUUCCUGCCUGCAACAGUGAAACAGGUUUGGUGGAAGCCAACAACCAGCUAUUCUACUGAAAGAGACAGUUAGUUAUUAUAUAAAAUACAUACUUUUAUUGUUUCCUCCACAUUGUUCUACGGGAUAUCAUUCUAAGUCAAAUUUCGCAAAGAUGAGUGUUCCAGGACAAACUUAAGCUCACCCAUAGAUUUUUUAAAUACAAUUCUUAAAAUUGUUAGGAUCUAAAGAUACUAUUAGUAUUAGAGGUUGUUUUUUUUUUGUUAUUGUUUUGUUUUUGUUUUUGGCACAAUUCAAGCCUAUAAGUCUAUUGUUCUAUUUUCCCCUUAAAAUUCAGAUGGGGAAAACCACUAAUAAAAUGUCCACCUUUCCCCCCUCCCCACCCCAUGAUUACAUUUUAUAUGCAACGUAUACAUUUUCAUCUGUUUUCCAGCUUUUUUGUUGAAAAUGAAAAAGCAUGUGCACAUAGGCAUUAAAAGACUCACUAACCUAGUCUUAACAAUUUGUGGAGAGCUGGCAAGGGAUUUGCAAAUUUUGGGCCAAAAUUAAGGAAAUGGAAAAAAAAAUCCUACUCAGCUAUUUUACUAAAAUUAUACUGGGUAGAAUAGUCUAGCCCUGGAGAGUGGAGAAAGUGGAAAAAAUAGGGAUAGGAGUAUAUGAGUAAAGGGUCUCUACUGGUAAAAAUAAGCUCCCAUAAAACCUCUUGGAAAUGAAUAAAUAAAUAGAAAUAGGUAUAAAGACCUACACGUACCAGGAGAUCCCUAAACCAAUAGAAAAUGUAGUCUAAGAACAUAAAAUCAUAUAAUAAAAUAGUUGGAAGAAUUAACAAUAUCAAACAUAUGAAUGAAAUACAAUAUUAAAAAUGAACACUAGAUGUCAGCCAAGUGUUAGGUGAUCUCCCAUAAGAGGGGGAUGUUGACUAAACAAUCACUAAUCUGCAAACAUAAAGUGUAAAUGAAAUAAAUCCAAAUAAAUCCAAAUUCUGACCUGGAUGUUCUAUGGCUGCAAUAUACAUCUAUACAGUCUCAUUUAUCACUCAGUAGUCCAAUACUUUGUAAAAUGAGUCCAAAAGAAUGAUAUAACAGUAGAAAGUCUGUGACUAGUGUUCUGGAUAUCAGAGUUUGGUUGAUGCCGGGAUUUAAACUCGUAUCAAUUGAUUUCACUGUCACAGUCCACACAUUCAGUAACUGAGACAUAGGUCUGCCUUUGUAAUCUUUUAUAACGUUUUGUUCCUGGACAAAAAAAUAAUAUAAUGAAUUACAGAAAUGCAUUAGUUUGUGUGAAAGCUGUGGUAAGUCACAGAACAAAGUAUUUUUCAUUAUUUUAGCAUUUAUAUACUGCCAACAUAUUCUGCAGCACUUUGCAAUUAUAGACAGGGGAUAUGUAGAGGUGAAGAAGACCCUGCUCAAAUAAGCUUACAAUCUAUGAAGAUUUGCGGUAGGUGGAUAUAUAUUGUUAGGCGAUACCCGUCAAAGUCCAACCUACAUGGCUAUUCCCCAACACGUUUUGUGGGGUGACUGUACUUAUGGAUCAUGUAUUUUUGGAAUAUGCUGUAGGUUUUCCCCAAACCUAUGUAAGUACCAAAAGAGCUGGUGUAUUGAACACAGAGGGAUAUAGAAAAUUGGGAAAUCAAGCCUGGUGGGCCUACAACCAAACAGAAAGGUGUUGGUGAUUACUUUUUUCUCCACCUAUAUGCAGUAUGGUUUAGUGUAAAUAAAUGGUGUGAAGGUCAUUCCAUCCUCAUCCUGUGAGCAUUGAGUUAGGAAAUGUCCACAAACCCAUUGGCUUUAUAACCAUUGGGAUAGUUACCCUUUGGUCCUAUUACAGUGUAUAUUAAAAUGUCUUAACUAGGGCCAAAUAGUGCCUUGUUCCCUGAUGUACUAAGUGACUAUUCCAGAUUAUUUGCACAUCUUAUUUUAUUUUGAUAUGCACGUCUGUAUCAAAUAAAUUUGACAUUGACACUUCAAAUUUUUUCUUCCUUUGAAACACCUUCCAACUAUGAAAUGCUGCUCAUUCUGUGUGCUUGUUGCAUUCAGGGCCUGAUUAAGAUCCCAUUGGGCCUGGUGCUGACACUUAUGAUGGGCCUAAUUACCGAAUCUUAUUGAUAGAAAACACUAAAAUAAUUAUACCUCCCAAGCGUCAUGUGUCUAGUGCAGGUUGUGCUGGAGGGAAACUCACAGGAUAUAGCUAUCAGAAAACACAUACCCUAUGCUAAUCUCUCGAUUUCAUCUUUCAAGUAAAUCUAUACUCCCUAACAGCAGUGUUCGGGGAAGCAAGGUUUUCGGUGGGCGUGAUAAAAGGGUGGGCCACUGAUGUGAAUCAAACAUGCCCAAAAAGCUGCAACUCCACCAGCCCCUAUGUUGAUCCGGCCCUGGUUGCAGUACUCAUGGAAAUAAUACAAUUUUUGCCACACAACUUUUAUUUCAUAUCUCCAAAACAGAGUUAGUAAAUAGCAAAUAGUGUUUCUAUUCAAUACCUGCUGGUAUUCAAUACCUGCUGGUAUAUAGUAAAAGAAGCAAUGUCAUCAGUUUUAUUUAUAUUUUUUGGCAUUUCCAGACAGUAACUCAACUAAAUCAUGUUUAAAACAUAUGUAUAUGUAUUUUGUUAAGUUAUUUCAUAUAAUGUUUAACACACAAUAUAUUAGUUUUCUUCUUGGUUUUGCAAAUCAUAUUAAUCGAUAUUGUGGUGUCUAGCAUUGUCUUUUUUAUUACAAUGUUGGUGCUGCACUAUAAACAUUUAAAAUACAGGAUAAACUUAUGUUAAUUUUGGUGCUGGACAGAUUUUUGUGGUGCUAUACACAUAAAUGUGAUUAGAAAAGGCAUUUUAUAGUAUCGUAAUUCAUGCACUGUAAUAACGUAAAUAUAGGUUUUGAAUAGACCCGUACAUUUUCAUAUAAAGUCAAUAGAGUGACUUUUUUUAUGACAGUUCUGCUAAUCAGAAUUGGCUGUAUUAAACUAAGCGAAAUGAGGUAGGCAACUGCUGUCCAAAGUGCUGCUACGUCGUCACCCUGUCUACAUUAACAAAAAAACAGGCAUGGUUUUCAUACUGAGCAUAAGUGAAAAAAUACCAUAUAUGUUACUGGCAUAACAUGCCACAUACAUAUUUUCCUUAAAAUGUCCAAUGACUAGCAUUGAGUAAAUAACAUAAUAAGAAUUCCCCCCCCCCCAAAAUGCCAGGACUUUUUUCUUUCUGAUGUAAUAUCAGUGGUAUUGCAAUAACCAAUGAGCGGUGUGAGUAUGAAAUGCUUUGCAAAGUAAUGCACUUCUAAUGACACUCUAAAAGUUGGAGAUACAAGUAUUGAAAAGCCACUGAUUUUGCAGCCUGGAAUGCUGAAUUACCCUAAAGGAAAUAUGUGUAUAAACCCAACAUAAAACUGAUCAGGUUUCAGUACACUCAUGUAAACAUGAAAAAAAAAAAAGGUAACAAAAUCAGAAUUCUAUUUAUGUUAGUUUGAUGUAAGUUGUUUUAUGUUAUAUUUUCUGUCAAUUAAAAAACCAAAACAUGUACAGUACAUAUGGAUUUUGAUAUACAAUGGUGCUACAAAGGAAAGGAGGAUUAUAACAUCAUAUAUUCUUUUUGGUGGGUAUAUGGCUGAUUAUUUGGACUUGUCAGCAGAAUGUGUUCUAAAAUAAAAAAUAAAAAAAUGUUUAAUGUACCUGUAUACAGGACCAAAUACCUACAAUACAUAUAAAAUCUAAAUUUAGCUCUAGAUUGUGAAAAUGAAUGUAUAAGUGUGAAAAAUGUAAAUAGAAUGAAAUGCUGUAGAUAAUGCCUCUCUUGAAUGUAUAACCUACCACUCUGACGUAAUAUACAAACCGCAAAUGUAAAGUAUUUAUUAGGAUUAGACAUAAGUGUGUUUUGUACAAUGUCUGUUCAAAAACAAUAAAAAAAAAACAUUUUAUUAAUUGUACAGUAUAUUUGCUUGAUCAAUAUUUUUAUAGGAUAUGGAGUCAGUAAGAAAUGUAUCUAUAUUCUCCUUAGCUAUGUACAUAACAUAGAGAAUGCUAAGUCAUAUCAACUUUGCACUGCAAGAUAAAAGUUGUUUGUAGGUUAGAAUACAAACUAUAUUUUUUAUUUAUGAUAUAUUUAACAUUUAUUUAGCAUUUAUUUAUUCUAUAGAGGUACUAAGAUAUUUUAAUCACUCAUAUAGAAGCAUGCAUAUGUCCUGUACUUGUUAAUUUGUUCAUAUAAAAUAAAUAACAUUGUUUAUUUUAAAAGCAUUGUGAGAC